AUGGCUCGUGUCCAAGUGUUCCCCAUCGUCUUCCUGCUCGUUAUGGUCAUCUCGCUGCUCAGUACCACAAGUAAUCCUCCACUCCAUCCAUUGGGGACCACUCGGGAGUAAUUUCGUAUAUCUAGGAUUUUAGCAUAUUAGAAUAAUCUUUGGUACUUGAACUAAACUAAAUCUGUGCGUACACGGUUCUUCCAUAUUUUGAAUUGAUCAUUUGACAUGUAACUAAUGGUCCUCAAAUAAAGCAUAAUGUUAAUAAUAUCGCUAUCUGCGCCGAUGGGGUUCAUAAAAGUUCGUAUGAUGGCUUGACACUAAUUUUUUACCGUUGACGUAGGUUCUGCUCGAGAGUUAUCGCAGAUUGUGGAAGCAGCCCAGAGGCUCUGCAGCCGGCGCAUAGGGUUCUGCAUAAUUGAUCGGACAUGCAUACAGAGGUGCAGAAGUUUGGGUUACCUUAAGGGAGAUUGCCGGGGCAUUUUUCCCCGUCGAUGCAUCUGUUACAAGCGAUGCCCAGUCUAG